AAACCAGACACGAAAUGAAGAGAGCGCACCGUGAAUUACAAUAACCGCGGGAUGCUUCUAUAUAACAUCAUGUGAUAUAGAAGCGGAAAUAAGAUGUGAAAAUGAAAGUAAAAAGUACAGGAGGCAGGAGACAUUUUAUUUCAUCCGAACAGGAAGAAACGCCAUUAUCGAAUGAGACACUUUUACUGAAAAUGGUAGUUAAAACCGAAGACAGAAAGUUGAAUCUUGUACUGGUUGGGAGGACUGGAGGUGGGAAGAGUGCAGCAGGAAACACCAUCCUGGGUGAAAAAGUGUUUAAAUCUAAGUUCUCUGGCUGCUCUGUGACGCAGGACUGUGAGAAGAAAGAGGGGAAUGCCUCUGGGAGGCCCGUGGCUGUGAUCGACACUCCCGGCUUGUUUGACACAAAGCUGUCUGCUGAUGCAGUUAAACAGGAGAUUAUGAAAUGUCUCCCCCUGUCUGCCCCGGGACCCCGCGCGUUCCUCCUGGUGAUACAGCUGGGACGAAUGACCGAGGAGGUGAAGGAAACGGUGGAACAAUUGCAGGAGAUGUUUGGUGAGGAAGCUGAGAAGCACACGCUCCUCCUUUUCACCCAUGGGGAUGAACUGGAAGACCAGACGAUUGAAGAGUUCAUAGAAGACACUGAUGAGGACUUCCAGCAGCUUGUUGAGAAGUUUGAAAACAGAUACCACGUCUUCAACAAUAAGAACAUGAGCGAUCGCACUCAGGUCACCGAGCUACUGGAGAAAAUAGACAGGAUGGUGACAGCAAGCAAGAAUAUUCAAAUCAAAGGAUGGGACAGGAUGGCGAAAGAGGAGGAGCCGACAGAAAAGAAACAGAACAAAUUGGAAAAGAGAAUUGAAGAGGCAAAACCAAAAUUAAAAGAAGGAGAGUUGAAACAGAAAGAAAAGGAGCCGAGUGAACAGAUGGAGAGAGAGCUGGAGGAAGAGAGGAAAAUAAUGGGGGAAGAGUUAAAGAGAGAGCGUGAGGCAAUGGAGAAGAAACAGCAAGAGGAGCAACAAAAGAUGGAGGAAGAGAUGAAACAGAGAGAAAAGGAGCUGGAGGAAAAGAGGACAAGAAUGGAGGAAGAGUUAAAGAGAGAGCGUGAGGCAAUGAAGAAACAGCAAGAGGAGCAACAAAAAAGAGAGGAAGAGAUGAAACAGAGAGAAAAGGAGCUGGAGGAAAAGAUUAAGAGAGAGCUGGAGGAAGAGAGGGAAAUAAUGGAGGAAGAGUUAAAGAGAGAGCGUGAGGUAAUGGAGAAGAAACAGCAAGAGGAGCAACAAAAGAUGGAGGAAGAGAUGAAACAGAGAGAAAAGGAGCUGGAGGAAGAGAGGAAGAGAAUGGAGGAAGAGUUAAAGAGAGAGCGUGAGGCAAUGAAGAAACAGCAAGAGGAGCAACAAAAGAUGGAGGAAGAGAUGAAACAGAGAGAAAAGGAGCCGGAGGAAGAGAUGAAACAGAGAGAAAAGGAGCCGGAGGAAAAGAGUAAUGAUAUCAUAAUGACAGAUGCACCGGUCAUAGCAGGAGGAGCAAUGUUAGGGCUGGUGUUAGGGGUAGGGAUAGGAGCUGUAGCAGUGGGGGGAGCACCUGCAGUGGCAGUUGGAGCUGUAGUAGGAGUGAUCGCAGGGGGAGCAGCAGCCUUAGCGGGGGUAGUGGAGGGACCGGGUGUAGGGGCCGGGGUGGGCAUGGCAGUAGGAGGGGCUGCAGCAGUAAUAGUAGCAGGGCCAGUUCUAGGGGUGGCAGCGGCAGCAGCAGCAGCAGCAGGGGGGGCAGCAGGGGGGGCAGUAAUAGGGGGAGCAGCUGGGUUCAUUCGAAAGGAAAUGGGAGGGAGAGGAGCAGGAGAGGAUCAGAAGAAUAAAUAGGUCUAUCAGAAAGCCCUUGUGUUUGAUUGCUAUUAAAAGAGGUGAUAAAUCAGUAACGACUUCUAAUCAGAACUGUUGCUAGUUCUUCUUGGGUCAUGCUUGCACUCCACCUCGCUGUUUCACUAACUGAAUCAUUUUUGCAAUAAGAAAAUAGAAAUUGCCUAAUAUUGUCUUCAUGUAUCUGCGUUCAACAGACAAGUUGUUAAAUUGUUUUAUCAUGUGUUGAAAGUAUGUUUUGAUUCAUGUGAGGAAUACAUUAUAAAUUGUCUUUUUUAAAAUGUCAAAAUGCAGUGAAACAUAAUCUGUUUUUUUUAUAUAUUCUGUAAUAAAAAAUUUUGCAACAGUU